GUCCGCAUUUGGGGGCUCGACAAGUUCCCGUCGAUGACAAACAACUGUCAUUUCUCCAUCAUCUUCAUCAACAACAAUAAACCAGACUCUGCCAAAAUCAAAAACACCCACUGUCACUAUUACGUAAUCGUCGAGUGUGCAACAUGGAUGAAAAUCGUUUCGAGGGAUGAACUCAAAAAAUCGGGAAAACGACGGCGAAAAAAACGCAGGAGAAAGUGCUUUGUUUUUUACUCGUGAGGUUAAACAAUUAUAAUUAUUUUUUAGUUUAUAAAUAAACAAAGUGUCUUAAAUGCUGGAUAGAGAGCUAGAGGUGAUAUCCAAGUGGAAAAAUUUGUUGAUCUUUGUUUACUCGAUAAUUUAUCGAUAAUUGUCGAUCGUUGUUGUGUUUUGUCGGUUAAUGUCGACGCAAUUCAGUUUCCAAAGGCCUAAAGCAGAAAAAAGUACGUGAAAACUAGGAUGAAAAGUUGAUGUGAAUCAAGAAAACUCAAAUACCUCAGAAUGUAGAUGAACUUUAGAGUUGUUAAGUGACAAAUUACAAGUGUUGUUAUUGUGAAAAAGUUUAGAGGAGUGAUUACACAUUUUGACGUUGUUGUAUUCUUCAAAGUGAUUCAUACUCUUCUGUGUUUUGAGUGAUGAAGACGUGUAAUUAGGAAGUGUGGAAACAUCAGGUUUCAAGGAAAUUUGGUCAGGCAUCAACUCGAGACAUUUUCGUUGACUCUUCAUCGGGAUAAGUUUAUCCCCAUAUCUUCCCCCCAGUGAAUUUGUGUAAAUUUGACAGACAAACGAAUCGAUUAAGGUCAAUUGGACAGAUUUGAAAGCCAUCGAUUAAGUCAAGAGGAUUUUCUUGACGGCCGAGGCAUCUACUUGGCGUCUGUUUCUUGGGUUCUGCCAUAUGAAGUUUUUUUCCCCCUCCUUCCAAGGUAAAGACCGGAAGAUUGAGCAUGAGAAAAAGUAGAAUAGCUGUCAGAGAAUCGGAUAGAGGGAAUGAUAAAGAGACAUGAUUAUUAGUCUCGCAAGGUCUUCAAUGAAGAGAGUGUAAAUGGGGCAGUGGUGUCCGGUGGGAAUGGAGUGAAGAAAAUAGUUGCUGAUAAAAUCCCCAAUGUGCGCUUCAGGCACUCGAAAAGUCCCUGAGAAUGUCCUGACCACGCAACACCUCUCUGCCCUCCUGGACAUAUUCGUGUAGAAUUUAUGAGACCUGGGGAUGUAUGACAAUUGUGAAAUUGCCAUUUGUGGUAUGAUAUGAUGUCAGGAUAACUUUGAAACACACGUGCUUGGAUUUGUAAUCGAGAGGAAGUGGAAACUCGGCAACGGUUUAACAAAUAAUCACGUGACUUGGCUUUUGUGCACCAGUUGAAAAGGAAAAAAAGAGAGAAAAUAAGUUCGCAAUGGAAAUCGCUGCAUCGGCAUUGGAUGGACUCAAGAACAAUCGGAUCGGGAAACUGGCACUCUCGCGAUUUCUCUCCCAGAGUCUGGCGCAGUUAGAAACGACUGGAAAUGCUGGCAGCAAAUCACCGGCCGGAGGUAGUGGCGGUACUGGGGGUGCCGGUGGUGGAAGUGGAGUCGGUGGAGGCGGCGAACCGCGCACUCCAACUGCUGGACCACAAAAUAAGCAGCUGGCAAACGUUAAAGGAGACCAUCCCUCGAAAGCAUUCUUGCAGAGUAGAUCGAUUUCACUGGUGGAUAUGUACAUCGACAAUACCGAGCCCAGCGAAAACGUGGGACAAAUACACUUUAGUCUUGAAUAUGACUAUCAAAAUACGACACUUAUCCUGCGCAUAAUACAGGGUAAAGAUCUACCAGCGAAGGACCUUUCAGGCACAUCCGAUCCGUACGUGAGGGUCACACUACUGCCCGAUAAGAAACACCGGCUUGAGACUAAAAUCAAAAGGAGAACUCUGAAUCCAAGAUGGAAUGAGACCCUUUAUUUCGAAGGAUUUCCGAUACAAAAAUUGCAGAGCCGAGUGCUGCAUCUCCAUGUAUUCGACUACGAUCGAUUCUCGAGGGACGACUCAAUCGGUGAAAUGUUUCUACCCCUUUGCCAGGUCGACCUCUCCGAGAAACCAUCAUUCUGGAAGGCCCUCAAACCACCAGCGAAAGAUAAAUGUGGUGAGCUUCUGUGCUCACUCUGCUAUCAUCCGAGCAAUUCAGUUCUCACACUGACCCUGCUAAAAGCAAGAAAUCUCAAGGCUAAAGACAUAAACGGAAAAUCAGAUCCUUAUGUUAAGGUGUGGCUGCAAUUUGCUGACAAGAGAAUCGAGAAACGAAAGACCCCGAUAUUCAAGUGCACCCUGAAUCCAGUAUUCAACGAAGCAUUUUCCUUCAAUGUACCAUGGGAGAAGAUAAGGGAAUGCUCGCUUGAUGUCAUGGUCAUGGACUUCGAUAAUAUUGGACGUAACGAGCUCAUUGGUCGUAUACAGUUAGCAGGUAAAAAUGGAACUGGUGCCAGUGAGACGAAACACUGGCAAGACAUGAUCACAAAGCCAAGACAAACAAUUGUACAGUGGCAUCGCCUCAAGCCAGAGUAGGAAAGGCGAGGGAUCACGGGCAAACGUUUCUCAAAUGUAACAACAACAACAUACAACUUUCCAGCAGUAUCAGCGGCGUCUGUGGUUCGUGUCGUUCGUAGUGGCAUUGGUCAUUGUUCACCAGUCACACGUAAACGCAAGUGGAAGGAUGAUGAUGAAGCAAUGAAACCAGAUAGAACCCUUGAAAAAUUGCCAGCCAUCAAGGCCGAAGGUAACUUGGUGGUAAGGCUCAUCAAGAAGAUAAAAAGGCGAAAGCGAGAGAUGAGGGAGCUGAAGAAGAGCGAAGAAAAUCCAUAAAAACAUCUCCUCCACCUGAAAAUUUUUUAAUGAGAUAAAAUGUCUUUUUUUUUCACCCCACCCACCCUCGAGCGACGCCAAUGGCCGUUCGGUGUUUGUAAAUAGGUGCACACGAAUGAAAAAUAAGGGAUGAAGAAUGAGAAGUUGGAGAGGAAAAAAAACAUUUCGAGCGUGGAGAUUUUACAUGAAGGAUUACAUGAAGAAAAAAAUUCAAUUACACGUUGGUUAUCCGACAGAGCACCCCGAGGGUUCACGGGAAUGGAAAUUAUCCGCGAUAUGUCUCUCGUGGUUAUUCGUGAACCUUUAUAACUUCGACGUGAAUUUUAGACGCCCCAGAAUUGGCUGGAGUUGAAAGAGAGAUGAGAAAAAAAUCCUAGCCCGCAGAUCCUACAUCGAGAUAAGAAGAUUUUUCUAAUCGUAAGAUUUUUUCCCUUUAAAUGAGAAUUUUGUCGUUUUAAAACGAGACGUAGUGUCGUAAAAUGUUGAUUUGUGCUGCGAAUGUAAAAAGAGUUGAGAAUUUUUACGAUUUUAAAGAAGAGUACUGUGAAAAUUCAAUGUGGAGUGUAGCUGGUAGAGUUUAUUGAAAUUCCAAGGAUUAAUUUCGGCAGUUUCGAUUUUUUCCAUGUUAUCUAUCGCUUGAUUCUUCCUUUUGCCAUAACGAAUGAGCCUGACGGUGGAUUGACAGUACAAUGAGCUGAGGAGGAUCGUAAAAAUGGAAAGGAGUCUUGCUCCCAGUGAAUACCGACAUUCAACUGUCAUCGCAGCUUACAUUAGACUUAUUUUUCCCUUUCAAUGUUGAAUUUCUCUCUCGUGGGGAUGAGAAACACGAAGGAUCUUUUCUAAGUUUAAAAGUGUCAAUUUAAAAACUUGACUCAACUCGAUCGUUUUUAUCGUAUUUCCACUGCAAGUUCUUCGAGCCAAUGACUAUCUCGACUAAAAUUGCAAAAUAAUCUGUCGAAAAAGAUCUGUAAGCAUCCAACUCCUCGCCUCUAAUAACUCUCCAGCGUGACCCGGCGUUGGUCGCAGCUCGAUUCCUCGUGUAAUCAAAGAAAUAAUAUCUCUUUAAAUCUCCAAUUGCAGCUGUGCACUCGAUUAUUUAAUUAUCAAUCUAUCAAUGCUAAAAGCAAUCAGUAAUGAACGACAUUCAAACUACGUGCAAUUAUCCUGAGUUUACUGGUUCGCUGGUGUGUCAAGUCGAAACAACAAGCAAAAUUCGCUAGUAAGUGAAUCUUUUUCAUUAUUAAUAUAGCAAACGACAAGAGAAAGAAUAUUUUUGACGGACAUUUUGUAUUGAAACAAAGAAAAAUAUAUAGAAAUGAAAAAAAAGAGCAUGUGAGACACGUUUUGGGGAAGAAGAAUUUCAUAUUAAAUUGUGAUCCGUGUAUUUAACCCAUGCACAAGUAAAGAAAAAAACAAUUGGAGAAAAACAAAUGGAGUAGAAUUAAUUAUAUUAUACUCAGUAGUCUGCUGUUGUUAACAGUAAAACGUUAUAACGUUUUACCCCCUGACUAUUUAAAAAGUAAAAAUCAGUACCCGAAAUUUGUGUCAACAUGGAUUUAAUGGUUUAAAACGGUACAAAGGCCACUGUGAAAAAUCCCAGCUUAAUCCAGUCAAACAAAUCAACAAGUUAUUCAUUUGCGCCAGGGUAGCGGAAACAUGUUAAAUUUUAAUUGAUCGUUGGCCGAUUUCGUAAGCUGGCGAGAUAUUACGAAAUUGCGAUUGCAAUCAUGAUGAUAAAAUACGCAGGAAAAUAAAUUAAACUCUUUUGCCAAAGAGUAAUCGAUUUCAGUUCAGCUCAACGAUGAAACAAAAUUAAAAAAACAAUUGAAAAUGAAAAGAGAUGAACAGCGGAAACUAAAAACAAUGGGGGAAAAGCAUUGUCUCCAUUCAUGGCAAUCCAACACGAAAAACUAAAUGAAUGUUGUGAAAUUAAAUUUCGAUGAGUUAUUAGGUUUUAACUGCAGCAGAAUCACCCACUGUCUACUGUAUCGCUGAAUUACGUAUAAACUAACGUGCAAAACAUAGCGUAGAAAAAGUCUAGUGCGUAAACUAUAUGAAAGAAGAGAUGAAAGAAAAAUUGAAAAGAAUGAGACAUGAAGAAUAAUCUUUAAUAUUAAAUUAUUGAAUCUAAGAUAAAUGGUUAUCCAUUAUUAUAUAUAUUGUAAUGAUUAUUGCGUAGCACAAGAUGAAACUGAAAAUUAGAUACUAUUUGUAUGUUGUAGCCUGUACAUACACCAUUAUCCAGUUGUGCUGGUCCAGAGCCUUCGUUCAAACGUUGAUGCAUCUGCACCUUCAUUGGCACUUUAUUCGGGGAAUAAUUAUUGAAGAUAUUGCAAGCAUUGAAAAAUUCAAAUUGAUUUUUUGCCCAUUAUUUUAGAUGUUAUUCGACGUUUACGGAGGGAUCAAAGACUGGACCACGUGGAUACCGCUUGAGAUUAGAUUACAGUGAAGGAACAAAGAGGGGACAUGAGAAUAUCUAGAAUUCGUUUUAGGAUUAAACUUUAUAUCGUGAUUGUAUAUCAAGGUGUGGCUAACAGUCGGGUGAAAUUUUAAAAAAUGCGAUUAGUGAAGAAAUAGUGAGGCAAGUGGUUUAACUAUGUUCGAUGUUACAAAACAAAUGAGAAAAUAAUAAAUAAUGAAAACAAUUAAAGUUUAAAUAAUGACAAAAAAAUGUUGUUGCGCUCUUUGCAUUGCGCAGUUUAAAAAUACGCUCAUUUGAAGGGAGUUGAGAUUAUUUGAUUGAAUUGAAAUUGACUAUCUGACCGAUGUGGUACCUGAGUCAUAAGGAAAAAUAUCAUGUUACCUAUAUUUAGCGAAUUAACAGAUUAAUUACACUAUGAUCUGAUUGAUUGAGAAAAUGAGGGGAACGUGUCUUUGGGAAUAGAGCUCGUUGUCUUUGCCUUUCGUGAAAGUCUGAAGUCGCUCGAACUUCAAUAAAAUGAUAAUUCAAACUGGAAAAUAGUUGAAGGGUUGAUUAAAGAAGUAUGAGUACUUUCUGCAUCUUAGCGACAGUAAUGAAUCCAUGGGAGAUUUGAAAAUGUCGUAUUUUUUACUGUGAACUUUCUUUCCUCCGCGUGCAACGUUGCAAAGCUAAAAUGCUGUGAUUUUUCAAUUGAACAAAAAUAGAAAAAAUCAUCCUUCCUUUACAAUUGAAGCCCGGCAAUAAUCAGAAUGAGAAAUAAAAAAUUGAAUUCAAAUUUACGUUAUUUUUUCUGCGCAAUGAGUAAUUAAUGAAAAUAUUUAACAAAAAAAAACAAAAAAAAUUAAGAAACUGAUGAUAAAUUUAAAAAGUGAAAGGUGAUAAAACCUAGCGCGUAUCAGUUUUCAGUGAACUUGUGUACAAGUUGAUUAAUUUAUGAAACAGUCAUAAAGAUAAUGAAUAAAGUACACGCAAAGUUGUGGAUGCAGUAAGGACUUUUAGUAAUGUCAAUGUCACGCCUUGAUUGUAUCCACAACAGCCGAAGAAGGAAGAAGAAAAAAAAUUUGCAAAAAUAAAAAAAACAUAAUCGAAAUAGGAUUAUGUAUUUCGCCUGAAUAAUUAAGUCCUCCUUUACGCUCUGAAAAGGACUGCAACUUAGGAUCCGCAAACUAUUUUUAUAUCGCUGAAUUUUCUCCUACAACACUCCUGAUGGUGACGGAAAUAAUCAACAAAACUGGAACAUAACAAGUUGGAAAAGCAAAAAAAGAAAAAAAAAAGACAGAGAAACAAAAUUUUUCAUGCAGCAUGCUCUAUUCUUCUACGAACAUUUGAAAUGGUAUUGAGUGGCCUUUCAGCUCUGUUAAGCAACUUUAUUUGUCUCAGCAUCUUUGCAAAUAAAAAGAAGCCAAUGUAUAUUAUUCUUUUCAGAGCCUAAAGUACCAAAAAUUGUCAUACAGUGCCAGGUUAAAUCCGUGCGACGACACAUAGUCUGAUAUCGUUGUCUAGUUCAAGAGAAGAUAAAUAAAACGAGAUGAUAACAAUUAUUAAAAUAUAUAUAUACAGUGUAAAGUGUAAGCUGAAUUGGUUAGUUUUUGUUAGAUGAUGAGGUAAUUAGUGGAUUAUUUGUUUUUUCAUGAAUUCUUUUCUAGACGAGGGCUCAAGUAGCUGAAAGACCUAGAUACUUAUUGUACGAAAUAACGAGCUAACAUACCAGCGAGUGUCUACCCUUCAUAAAUGCAUAUCUCUCUCACCUGUGAAACCGAUUCGCCAAAAUUGCACUCGAAAUAACAUGAGUAGUCAAUUUUUUAAUAAUUCAAAGUCUACAAUCAAUCACCAGACAACAAGAUUCCGUUGAUUACCCCAUGAUCCUCAAAUUCCAAUAGAAAUAGUUCAAUCUUUCCAUUUCGAGUGCAAAUUACAAAUAAAAAAGCAAUAGUUAUUAAUUAUCCCUGAGUGAAGUGCAGUGUCUAUAUCACUUAUUAGGAUAGUGUUACAUCGUGCAGCCUAUGUCUAAAAAGCGCAAAUUCAAACAUCUCCGAUGGGACAUGGAAUGUAACGAGACAAUUUGUCGUGUCCUCAUGAAUUUUUACCUCAAUCCAAUUAUUUUUUUAUUUGUUAUAAAUUAUUGGAAAUAUGUAGAUAAGUCCGAUGGUAUCGUAUAUGUAAUUGAGGAUAAAGUUGCUAAGUCAAUAUAUAUUUCGUUAUCAGAGUGAAAGACUAUCUUUAUUUCUGUUGUAUUUGCAUGUUUAUUUAUAUCAGAGGAACUUUAUCGAGGCUUUGUGCACCAACGGCCCUCAUUAAUUCGGGGGAAUAAAAAUACGUAGAGAAUUCGAUGGAAAAUGCGCAUUUUUAUCAUUCGCAUAAGUCAACUUCUUCCAGUAUUUAUCCGUUACUAAACAAAUUGAGAUGUGUUUAUUUUCCCCAUGAGGCUGCUAACGAAGAAUGUAAAUUAGGAAAAUUACUCCGGAGCCUUAAGUCACGGCACAAAGUAAUUAAUUACUCCUUGUUAAAAACAAUUGACACCAUUCGCAACUGAUAAGAACAACUCAACAACUCAAAUCCCCCUCUAUAAAUAAACUUAUCAAUUAUCUGAAUGUACAAUUACCCGCAUCAUCAUUUACGUUGACUCAUAAAAAUGCAAAUAUCCCAUUCAUCCUAGUGACAAUUGUACUUACAUUUAAUAACUGUUAAUCGCGAGUUGUGAUUUAUAUGAGCAGACCCAAGUAAAUGUGAAAACAAAUUCAUUGGCUAAACUAGCGUUGAGUGAGAUGAUGAACACCUUGAGCUAAUGACAAACUUUCAGGGUUUAAGUCCUCCAAAUGCAACUUCCCAUCCCAAUGAAGAAAGAAAAUAAGAAUCAAUAUGUGUUUAAUUAAAAAAUCCUCGAAAUGUUGCAUUUGAAUACCAUUUUAUCAUAAAAGCCCAUGUUCUGUAAAUGUAUAGUGAUAAACGAUGAAAAAAAAACAACAAUUAAGAAUCGAAGCAAAAUAAAAUUAUUGUAUGAAUCGUU